UUUUGGUUUUGCUCCAACAGGCAACAGCCACACUCGCUCUCUCUCUCUCUCUUCCCCUCUCUCUCUCUCUCAUGUAUAUCUACGCCUCCAUCGAUUCUUCCAUCUGUGCCGCCGCCGCCGCCGCUGUGACCGUCACCGUCACCGUCACAGCCGGUUCGUACGCCUCUGCUGCGUAGAAUCAUCUAGAGCUGGAUUCUCUCUUCUUUCUUCUCCCAAUCACUCUGCGCCGUUCGUUCACCGGCUUUGUCGAUUAAUCACCACUAGCCACCGAAACCUAAAUCUCACCGGCUUCAUCUCCAUUUACAUCUGGAAAACAUCUGGGGCCGGAGCUUGUUCGAGGCUUCGUGUUUCCCGAUUAAUCGGUGCGAUUAGGGUUCUUGUUAUGUGCUGUCCCCCGAUUUCGGUUCGACUAGGGCAGGGCUAAAAACUAUUGGAGAAUUAGGGUAGUUUUAUGGCAUUGGGGGAUUUGAUGACUGCUUCUCGGUUUUCACAGUCUACGGCGUCGGUUUCGAACAACUUGGACCAGUUGUCCGCGAAUGGGAAUCAUGUCGGAGAGGAUGGCGAGAGAAGUGUUUUUGGUGGGGAAGCCGUUGAUAGCAGCAGCAAUGCUCGGGAUUAUACUGAGGAAGCAAGUAGUAGCUACACAGCGAUGACAACCACAACAAGCAUGGCAUAUUUGCCGCAGACUGUUGUGUUGUGCGAGCUUCGGCAUGAUGGGUUUGAAGACUGCAUACCCUCGGGGCCUUCAGAUAGUGGUUUAGUGUCUAAAUGGAGGCCCAAGGAUCGAAUGAAGACAGGAUGUGUUGCUCUAGUCUUAUGUUUGAAUAUCAGUGUUGAUCCCCCUGAUGUAAUAAGGAUAUCUCCUUGUGCUCGGAUGGAAUGCUGGAUUGACCCAUUUUCAAUGACACCCGAAAAGGCUAUUGAAGCAAUUGGAAAAACCUUGAAUCAACAGUAUGAGAGGUGGCAACCCAAGGCCCGUUACAAGUAUUCCCUAGAUCCCACCGUUGAAGAUGUCAAGAAGCUCUGCAUGACAUGUCGCAAAUAUGCGAAAUCUGAGAGAGUUCUUUUUCACUACAAUGGACAUGGUGUACCCAAGCCAACACCAAGUGGUGAAAUUUGGCUAUUUAAUAAGGUCCAAGUUUCACUGAGCUAUACACAGUACAUCCCGCUACAAAUCAUUGAUCUCGAUUCCUGGUUGAAGACCCCCUCAAUAUAUGUUUUUGAUUGCUCUGCUGCUGGAUUUAUUGUGAAUGCCUUCAUUGAGCUCCAGGAAAAUAGUACCUCAAGUUCUGGGUCUUCCAUGAGGGACUGUAUUUUGCUAGCAGCCUGUGAAGCUCAUGAGACGCUACCACAAAGUGCUGAGUUUCCUGCUGAUGUAUUUACUUCCUGCCUUACAACACCCAUAAAAAUGGCACUAAGAUGGUUCUGUUCUCGGUCACUUCUUCAUGAAUCAAUUGAUUAUUCUCUGAUUGAUAGAAUUCCUGGCCGCCAAACAGACAGGAAGACCCUUCUUGGGGAGUUGAACUGGAUAUUCACAGCUGUGACUGAUACUAUUGCAUGGAAUGUACUUCCUCAUGAUUUAUUCCAGAGAUUGUUCAGGCAAGAUCUUUUGGUUGCCAGCCUGUUUCGAAAUUUUUUGCUUGCUGAAAGGAUAAUGCGGUCUGCAAAUUGUUCGCCAGUUUCACAUCCAAUGUUACCACCAACCCAUCAGCACCAUAUGUGGGAUGCAUGGGACAUGGCAGCUGAAAUAUGCCUUUCUCAGCUUCCAACAUUAGUUGAGGACCCAGAGGCCGAGUUCCAGCCGAGCCCAUUUUUUACACAGCAGUUGACAGCUUUUGAAGUGUGGCUCGAUCAUGGAUCUGAACAUAAAAAGCCACCAGAACAGUUGCCAAUUGUACUUCAGGUUUUACUCAGUCAAUGCCAUAGAUUUCGAGCUCUGGUACUUUUGGGUAGAUUUUUAGACAUGGGACCGUGGGCUGUGGAUCUCGCUUUAUCUGUAGGAAUUUUUCCAUACGUAUUGAAACUACUACAAACCACCACUCCAGAGCUUCGGCAGAUUCUUGUCUUUAUAUGGACAAAAAUACUUGCUCUAGAUAAGUCUUGUCAGGUUGAUCUCGUGAAGGAUGGUGGACACACAUAUUUUAUUAGGUUUCUUGACAGUGUUGAAGCUUAUCCUGAGCAGCGUGCAAUGGCUGCAUUUGUUUUGGCUGUCAUUGUAGAUGGCCACAGGCGUGGCCAGGAAGCCUGCAUUGAAGCCGACCUCAUUCAUGUCUGCCUCAAGCACCUUCAGCGCACAACCCCUAGUGAUGCACCAACCGAACCAUUAUUUCUUCAGUGGAUAUGUUUGUGUCUUGGGAAGCUGUGGGAGGAUUUCAUAGAUGCCCAAAUGCUAGGUUUGCAGGCUGAUGCACCUGCUAUUCUUUCGCCCCUGCUUUCUGAGCCCCAGCCUGAGGUACGUGCAGCGGCUGUUUUUGCUCUAGGCACUGCUCUUGAUGUAGGUUUUGACACAUCACGAGAUCUUCAUGGGGAUGAAGAUUGUGAUAACGAUGAAAAAGUUCAGGUUGAAACUAGUAUUAUCAAGAACCUUCUGAAUGUUGUUUCUGAUGGAAGUCCUCUGGUUCGGGCUGAAGUUGCUGUAGCUCUGUCCCGGUUUGCUUUUGGCCACAACAAACAUCUAAAGUCGGUUGCUGCUGCAUACUGGAAGCCCCAAUCAAGUUCUGUGCUCACUUCACUGCCAUCUUUUGUGGUUAGGGGCUCUGCUAGUGGCUAUACAACUCCAACACACUACAUGCCCCAUGGAAGUAUAGUUUCAUCACCUGUUGCUCCUUUAAUUCGUCCUGGAAAUGACAGCCAAUCUGUGGGUCGUGAUGGGAGAGCAUCAACCAGUAGCCCUCUUGCUACCCCUGGAAUGAUGCAUGGAUCUCCACUAUCUGAUGAUUCAUCUCAGCAUUCUGAUUCUGGGGUGCUGAAUGACUGUGUUAGCAAUGGGGUCCUCAACCAUUCAAAGAGAAGGCCGCUAGAUAAUGCUCUAUAUUCCCAAUGCGUAUUAACUUUGUGUAAUCUGGCCAAGGAUCCGUCACCUCGUGUUGCCAGUCUUGGGAGGCGAGUGUUGUCCAUCAUUGGCAUUGAACAAGUAGUUGCAAAAUCUAUUAAACCUGCUGGUGCAAGCACUCGUCCUGCUGAGUUAGCUACAACAGCUAGCACUAGUCUUGCUGGAUUGGCUCGUUCAUCUUCUUGGUUUGAAUUAAAUGGAGGUGGGCAUGUGCCACUGACUUUUAGAACCCCUCCAGUUAGUCCUCCCAGGUCAAGCUAUUUGGCGGGUAUGCGAAGAGUUUGCUCUUUGGAGUUUAGGCCAAAUUUGAUUAGUUCUCCAGAUUCUGGGCUCGCAGAUCCUCUUUUGGGUUCAUCUGGACCAUCUGGUGCUUUGGAUCGAAGUUUUCUUCCACCAUCAAUGAUCUAUAAUUGGAGCUGUGGUCACUUUUCAAAGCCACUUCUCACUGCAAUGGAUGAUAGUGAAGAUAUAGCUACUAGAAGAGAGGAAAGGGAGAAAGUGGUCCUGGAUCAUAUAGUGAAAUGCCAACACUCCUCUGUAACGAAACUGCAUAAUCAAAUUGCAAGCUGGGAUACUAAAUUUGAGACUGGCACCAAGACUGCUUUGCUGCAGCCUUUUUCACCUGUUGUCAUUGCUUCAGAUGAAAAUGAAAGGAUUAGGAUAUGGAAUUAUGAGGAAGCAACUCUGCUGAACAGUUUCAGCAACCAUGAUUACCCUGAUAAAGGUGUUUCAAAGUUGUGCCUUGUGAAUGAACUUGACGAGAACUUGCUUCUUGUUGCAUCAAGUGAUGGAAAUGUCCGGAUCUGGAAAGAUUACAGUGUAAAAGGACGACAGAAAUUAGUUACUGCUUUUGCUUCAAUUCAGGGCCAUAGACCUGGUGUCCGCAGUGUGAAAGCUGUUGUGGAUUGGCAACAGCAAUCUGGAUAUCUUUUUGCUUCUGGUGAGAUUUCAUCAAUCAUGGCUUGGGAUCUUGACAAAGAGCUACUUGUCAGUUCCAUUCCCUUGGAAUCUGAUUCUAGCAUUUCAGCACUGGCUGCUUCCCAAGUUCACGGAGGUCAAUUUGCUGCUGGUUUCAUGGAUGGUUAUGUCAGGUUAUACGACAUUCGUACUCCUGAGAUGCUCGUUAGUUCAACUCGCCCUCACACACAAGAAGCUGAUAAAGUUGUAGGGCUUGGCUUCCUACCUGGUCUGGAACCGGCAAAGAUCGUUAGCGCAUCACAAGCUGGAAACAUUCAGUUCCUAGACAUGAGACGGCCCAUACCAAAAUACCUUACAAUCGAAGCCCAUAGAGGUUCUCUCACAGCUUUAGCUGUUCACCGGCAUGCCCCCAUCAUAGCGAGUGGCUCUGCCAAGCAACUAAUCAAAGUAUUCAAUCUUGAGGGCGAUCCACUGGGGUCCAUCCGCUACUAUCCGACUUUCAUGGCACAGAAGAUAGGAGCUGUUAGCUGCCUCACCUUCCAUCCUCAUCAAGUACUACUCGCUGCUGGCGCAGCCGAUGCCUGCGUCUCAAUAUAUGCCGAUGAGAUCUCUCCUCCUAGGUAAAUUCUCUGUUAUUUUAAAAGCCAUGCGUGGAUUCCCUUCCUGUCACAAUUUCACCAGACCAGAUUGUCCCAAACUACAGCCCGUGAAGAUCAAUCUUCGAGGUGUAUUUAAAAAAGACUAAAAAAGAAAGAGUUUAUAUUAAAUUGAGCCUUCCUUGAUCGAGUGGACUCAAAAGUUUUUAUGGAGGCUUUGGUGAAUAAUCCAUCUGUCAUUGUUUAUAGGUGAACAAAGUUGUAAAUAUUUACCCCUCUGUUUUCUUUGGUGUGCUUGUCGUAUUUUCUGUGCUUUUUCCAUUUUCCAGAGCUAAAUCUGUAAAGUCUUUUCAGUCGCAAUUGGGUUAUUGGUAACCUGGUCAAAUGAAUGGAUGACUGAUGGAUGAUGUUAAUUUUAGUGGGAUUUGCAAUUUAUUCUA